AUGGAAGAAGACGACCAAUACAAUCCCAAGCUCACCUACCUCGGUGAUUACGCGCAAUUACCUAUUGACGCUCCUGUCGGGCAUCUUCAUCGCGUCGAUCCGGAUAGCAUAAAGGAAGACUUCACCAACGAAGAUCUCACUAUCGCUGAUCUUGUGUUCACUAUCCUCUUCAAAUCCAUGGCAGAAGCUUUGACCGCCUUCCUCGAUCUGGAUCGCCCCAACACGCGUCGUGACAAUUGGGUUUUUUGA